AUGGUUACAGAAAGUGACGAUGACCGUGGAGAUGGUGGUGGGCCCUGGUGCGAGUUGGCGUAUUGGGAAGAGCGAACCCGGAUCGGGCCGGUGAUCCCGAUCGCGGAAAGUUGGAACAACGUGUUUGGCUGGCACGACGGGGCCCGGAUGUUGGUACCCGGGCGGAGGAGCAUUUCCCUGCAGGCAGUGGCGGCCAAGCAUCACCCGAACCCGUCCGACCAGGUUCUGCAGGCCCGCUCCAAAAUUGGCGCAGGAAUCAGCAUCAGCAGGGACGAGGAACGCGGCGACGUGUGGCUGUACAACGUGAGCAAGCAGCCGGUGUUCCUGGCCCCGUCGACACUGUCGCCGUGUCGGGCCAGGGCCAUAGCUGUCCACCGCCUGGCCCCGGGCUACUGCGUCAAGGCCUAUGACAGGGCCACGGCGGAAUGCUAUCGACGCCUCGUCAUUGAGUCGGACGACGCCGAGGAGCCACUGGACACUUCCGACAGCAGUCGUGGCGGCGGCGGCGGCGGUCGGGCUACUGCGUCAAGGCCUAUGACAGGGCCACGGCGGAAUGCUAUCGACGCCUCGUCAUUGAGUCGGACGACGCCGAGGAGCCACUGGACACUUCCGACAGCAGUCGUGGCGGCGGCGGCGGCGGUGAUUCGCCGCCCAUCGAGAUUAUCCCCAUCAGUUUCGGCAAAGGAUGGGGACCCAAGUACUCGAGACGGGACGUGGUCAGUUGUCCGUGUUGGCUCGAGAUUCGGCUGA